ACGCACCUGUCGACGGGCUCGCAUCGCUUCCCCUCGAUCCGACCCAGCUCUUCUUCCCCAAUCCUCCUUCCCCGAUCCAGCCCCGCAGCGACGCCGAGGCAGAGCGAGCGAGAGGAGAUACCGAGAUCGCGCGCGGAGAUGUCGUUGGACUCGUCGUCGUGGGCGCGCGCCUUGGUGCAGAUCUCGCCCUACACCUUCUCCGCCAUCGGCAUCGCCGUCUCCAUCGGCGUCUCCGUCCUCGGCGCGGCAUGGGGCAUCUUCAUCACGGGGAGCAGCCUCAUCGGGGCCGCCAUCAAGGCGCCCAGGAUCACAUCUAAGAACCUCAUCAGUGUCAUCUUCUGUGAGGCUGUCGCAAUUUAUGGUGUAAUUGUGGCAAUCAUCCUCCAGACGAAGCUUGAAAGUGUGCCAUCAUCUCAAAUGUAUGCUCCGGAGUCUCUUCGAGCUGGCUAUGCAAUCUUUGCAUCUGGCCUUAUUGUUGGCUUUGCUAAUCUUGUGUGCGGGGUAUGUGUGGGGAUAAUUGGAAGCAGCUGCGCACUGUCUGAUGCUCAGAACUCGUCGCUCUUUGUAAAGAUCUUGGUAAUUGAGAUCUUCGGCAGCGCUCUGGGGCUGUUCGGAGUCAUUGUGGGCAUCAUCAUGUCAUCUCAAGCGUCAUGGCCGGCCAAAGCUUGAUUUUCCCCACUUAUCGCGCUGUAAAUUAUUUCGAAUGAAAUGUAUCCGAUUGUCAAGAUGUGGUCCUUCUGUCUUUACCUGCCUCUCCUUUUCUUUUGCACCUUUUUGGCAAAACACUUUAUUCGGAGCCCAUAGCGUAUCCGAUUGUAGAGUUGAUAUUCCUACUGCUGAGACUCCAUGUGUGCUGGAUAUCUUGUAGGUGCUAUUGCUGUUGUAAGACACACUCAGCUUAUUCAAUAAAUGCAUUGGAACUGAAUAAGAUGAAUUUUUUUUAGCCACA